AUGGCCUUCAUACGUUAUGAAGUGUUGGGUUGGCAAAAUAUUCCAGUUCCUGCCUGGAGUACAUUGAAUAGCGGCGAGAUACUCCGGCAGCUCCUGGAAUCCUUGCACAACUUGAUGGGAUUAAGAUUCGUCCAUAAUGCCGGGCCUCGUGCCGCACCGAGGAAGUGGAACGCAACGGCAUCGGGGGCCAAAGACAACAAAGACAAGGCCAAAACCACGGCUGCAGCGCGAGAACCACCAGGAGCCCAAGGCAAUGCCGGCAACGCCAACAAACUACUCGCGCAGACUACGGCUGAGGCAACCAAGACCACAGGGGCUACGAAGCCUACGUUGAAGAGAAGCAUAGAUACAGAGGCGAUAAGUGAUUCGGACGCACCACCACCCAAAAAGGGGGGGAAGCCCAAGAAGGGGAACAACUUGAAACAACAGGCGCAGCCUACGGCAGAGGCAAGCAAAGCCACAGACGCUACAAAAAGAGCACCCGGAGCCAGAGGGAAAGCCGAUAAACAAGACGUGCAGCCUGCGACGAAAACAAGCAAAACCACGGAGGCUACAACACAAGCGCCACAAUCCCCAAAGACACUCAACACACAACCGGUGCAGCCUACCGUCAAUACAACCAGAGCUGCAGACCCUAUAGGACAAGCACCGCCUGCAAAGGGCAGAGAUAGACCCCCCAAAAGGGCGCAAAGAUUACUCUUUGGAGCGAGGAGACCGCCAAAGGGGAGGAAAGGUCCGGCAGCAACCCCCAAGGUCGCCAAACCCCCCCGCCAACCAGCAACAAGCACAGACAAGAUGAAGCGAAAAGUUCCUGAUACCUUGACUGACGACUCGGAGCCCGCCCGCAAAGUCAAGAAGCGGAGAAGUGGUGAAGACAGAGGUACACAGGCAGCCGCAGCGCCCACGGGGUCUAGCAACACGAAACUGGACCCUCCACAGACCAACGGCAACGAGCGGGAAGCCAGCCUUAACCCUCCUGCCAUCACCAACGGAGGACAAGGUGCCAACGUAAACCUGGCGACAGAUGCCACUGCCUCUCCUCCUCCCCCUCCCAAGGGGAAUGUGAAAAGAAAGCCCAAACCCAAGCCUAAACCGGCAACAACUGUCGUGGACGGGCAGGACGGGCAGGACCAUGGGGACGAGAGAAGUGGAGAGCCACCAAGAGUCACCAGAAGCUCAAAAUCCAAGAAGGACACGAAGGGCUCGACAUCCGAGAAAAACAUUAAGGGCUCGACAUCCAAGAAUGACACCAAGAGCUCGAAAACAAAGAAAGACACCAAGAGCUCGACAUCGAAAAAGACUCGAAGCAAAAAGUGA